AUGGCAGUCUACAAUUCGUCAUCCGAUGACAUCCAAAUUAUAGGAGAGAGAAAAGUAGAGAGUUAUAUUGAUAGAAGAUUUGAAACCCUCCAGUAUAAUAAACCGGUUAAGGUUGUUCUUUCCACUGCAGGUUACAUUUACCCGCGGCCUGGUUUCUCGGAGGACCAUCUAGAGCCGCAAGCUCUUACCGCACCUAUCCAAUAUACUGAGGAGGAGAGGUCGGCGUUUCCAUACCUGUUCGACAACAACGACAGCUAUGAAUUAUACGCCAACGCUUUCUCCCGCUUGGGGUUAAAGAAUCCAGCAGAAGAUAUCUCAAGUCGUCGAGACUGGGACGCUGUAAUAGCUUCUCGUAGCUUAAAUUUAAGAGCAAAAAUCUGUAUCAAUGGCCUAGAGUGGGCCGAAGAAGAUAGAUGGCUCCCACGGUCUGAACUUGAGCAAGGUCUCCGUCUCGCAACAUUGCAUACUGACGUAUGGGUCCCAUUCGGUUCUAGAUUCUGGUCAAGCCCCUGCGAUCAUGGUAGUUUGAAAUGGGAUGGGGAUCAGAGGAAUGACUACUACUCUCACGGCUGGAUGAUUCUUCCAUGCAAUAGCGAGUCAGGAUCUAAUGAGGGCGAACAUUGGCAGUUGGUGAUUUAUUCUAAACAGUCGAAGACUGUAUACUACGGAGACUCAUGCUGCUCCACCAAGACGAAGACGGCUAAUACGAUAGCCAUAAACUUGAGACACUUCCUUAUGAACAAUGGCAUCGAUGAUCCUGGGAUUUUGCAAGCUAUCAUGAUAGCGCUACCAUUACAGAGUGGGAUUUGGCAAUGUGGGUAUAACGUGAUCGAGGCUGCUCGAGCGUUCGUCUACGAGAAUGGACUUGUGAACUGGCACGAUUCACCUUUAUAUAGAGGUAUGUCUAGAGUUGACAGGGACUACGCUCUACUUGAGAAUAUUGAGCGCUGGUCUAGGAUCGGGUAUCGAGAUCAUCAUGACCUAUUCGAUAACUAG